AUGUCAUUAUAUACUCGACCUUCUUCAUCUUUAUCUGAUUUAACCACUACUCCUUUUCUUAAUUCUACACCCUUUCCUACAUUAUAUAAACCAACCCUUUUUAAUAUUUUUAAUCAUCUAUCAUCUAAUAAUAAUCAAAGUGAACUUGAUGAAUACCUUGCAGUUCCACAAAUUCCAUUUAAUUCAGACUCUUUUUCUUGGUGGAGAAUUAACAAAGAAAAGUUUUCAAUAAUUAGUGAAUUAGCACAUGCCUAUCUUUCAGUUUCAACCACUUCAACUCCAAGUGAAAGGUUGUUUUCAGACUGCGGAAAUUUGAUGGGACCUAAAAGAACACGUAUUAGUCCAGAGUUUUUUAAAAG